AUGCUAUUUGUAUUCUACUGUUUUGUUCUUACCGUUUUGGCUUCCCUAAUACCAGAAGGAGAAGGUCAGAUUUUCCUACAAUUUUGUCCUAACUCAUGUCUGAGUACUAGUUAAAAGUUUACCGAAUCUUUCUGUUACAUUUUUAUUAUCCUUGUCAAUAUAACUUGAGCUUUGAGAUAUGCAUACAAACUUCUUCCCAAAAUAUUUAAGAUAAUGAACUAAUUUUAACCAAGUUUCGCUCUAAACAGGCAUAAGACAACCCUCAUAUUUCAUAAGAAGUUCAGACUAAAAUACUAGGGAACAUGGGUUGUGGGAAAGUUUACUUCAAAGUAAUUAAUCAGGUCUCCGCAAUGUUUUCUAUAAACGUUCUCGACUGUUUGACACGGCACAAUGGAUAAGUUGACUACAAGCAGAUCUACGAACUUUAAAACAAGUGGAAAGUCUUGUUCAACUCAACUGAAAUGGCUCGGCCGGAUCAAAGGAAAGCUUGAAACAGAAGUGCAACUUUUCAAGUUAUUUCAUAACUACAGUCUCUUAAACUAGAAUAGUGUUUCGUGGAAAAGAAUUCAAAAGAGAAGAAAAAGCUUCAGAGCUUUUAACUUUGGGCUGUAACAUGUUGCAUAAAAACUUGACCUUUUUGGUAAAAUGUGGCUCUAAAGUUGAUCCUUAAGUUGAUUCAAAUAUUAUAAUCCUAUAGAUCGAUGACUUUGUGGAUUGCGGGGAGCCUCUACAGAAAGGAUGCUCUACAUGCAUAUAUACAUAAAUUCACACAUACAUUCAUUGUACUUCCUAAAAAGGGCUUUUUAACCUAAACAGGUGGUUCUCAAGGAAAAUUUUACGCAGUCCUGUUUGAUCAAAGUUUAGAUUGUUGACCGUCCAUUCGAGGAGUUUCUCAGCGUAUUUAAUUUUCAAAAUUAACGCCGUCAGGUUUUUCAGUUUCUAAAAGCGUGAAAACAAAGGUGGCAAACACCACCUUGUUUUUUUUGUUUUGAUGGAAAUAAAUGUGUUUUUUUAAAUGUUUUUUUUAGAGGUGUUUUCAACUCCUUGAGUUAUACGUCAGCGAGUUUAAUUAUCUCUCGCUGAUAACACUCAGUAUGGUCGAAAUCUGAAGUCACGCUACACAACAACACACUUACACUUUUCAUGAAUUGAGUUUUUUAGCCGAGAGCAAACAAAAGCUCCCCGAAAACGUUCUGAUAGUAACGAGCUAAACAUCUUCAGACGAGAUUGCCAUUUUUACGUGAUAAACACGAAUUACUCUACAUAUCAACAAGGGUUGAUCGUAGACUUCGGCGUCGAUUGAUCGAUGGAUCAUAAUAGGUGAUCGCAUAAAAAAGAAUUUAAAAAUUGCCCUGAUCAUUCGGAACAAUAUUUAAAACCACUCCACUGGUGUUAUAGGCCAGACAAAAAACCCAACUCCAAAUUAAAGCAAUAAUUCAGGAAUGACACUGCUCUAAAGUUCCAGUUUAAGUAAAAGUUCCUAGUACUACAUAGCAACUUUCUAACUUGAUAGAUUUUUUUCUCCAGGUAAUUGCCGCAAUUUAAAGUUUACCAGUUUUCCUAAACUUGGCUACCGGUUGGAGAAUCACACGGUUCGAACUAUUGACGUUGUCAACGAGGAUCUCUGCAUGUUUCAAUGCUACCUGGAACCUAACUGCGUCAGUUAUAACUUCUGUGAGAUAAACCAGUCGUCUGGAAAACAUAAGUGUGACCUAAAUAAUGCGACUAUUGAACACGGUGAAGGCCUGGUGGAAUACAAAAGUUGUAUUUACCGCGGAGCAGAGGUGAGAAAGAAUUCUAUGGGCCAAAAGUAAUAUUCCUUGUCCAAGAAAGCUUUGUUACCGCACCAGUGGAUACCUCAGCCUCUCUAACCUGUUAAAUACCCGCUUGCAUCGGGAAAAAAUAAACACAUGCGAGGGAACUGUCAUGCCUGCAAAAUCAGUAUCAUUUUAAGUUUCUCUCUUCCUUUCCUUCCUAAGAAUGCUUGUAAGAAAAAUCCUUGCAAGAAUAACGCAACAUGCCAAGCUGGGUUUACAGACAGAGACUAUCAGUGUUUGUGUGUUGAUGGAUCUGGAUUUAAAGGCCAUGAUUGUGAUGAGGGUAAGGAAUCUUAUACUUUUAUUAAGGCAGAAACAUGAUGCAUAAUUGAUAAGCUCAGCACGCCCCUCCCUUAAAUUGAAGUUCUCUAAGGUGAUUGGGCAGACUUAUUUAAAAGGGAUGAGAUCAAACAAUGGCGAACACCUCAAUAGUUUGAUAGACACAGAACAUCGCAGUUGAAAGCCUUUGCCUUUGCCUUUCAUGACUUGCGAGAAGAAUAAUCCAGAAUGGCACAAGUUAUUCAAAAUACAAAAGAGGGCUUACAUAUGAACAACUUUGUUGCUUCUCAUGGUUUGUCUUGGAAAGGGAUUCAUUAAUCAUUCUUGUUUUUCACCUAAUUCAGUCUCAAUUUUUUUUAACGCGAUUUCUUACCCGCCAUCUAAGCGAACAAACUAUAAUCCAUCAGUUUCCUUUCUUACGAAACGAAUGUCAACAAAACUGUGUAAAAAGUUUACGCAAAGAUCACACGUGACUAGUAUCUAGAUAAAAACAUAAAAAAAUGAAAAUCUUUAAGGAAACCAACUUAGAUAAAGUCCAUCGUCCUACUCUUUCCAUUUAUAGACGUAGACGAGUGCUUGUCUGGUAAACAUAGCUGUGAGGGUAAUACGACAUGCAACAAUACCCUGGGAUCUUAUAAGUGCACAUGUAAAGAUGGAUUUCAAGGAAAUGGAACUAAAUGCACAGGUAACUAGUUCUGACAUAUUCGUACUCCGUCUUUUAUCUUUAGUUUUUCAGAUUAGUUGGAAAAACGGUCUCAUUAACAUUAUUUUUCUUUUAUCUAGAUGAGUGUAUGAACGGAACACACCACUGUAAUGUAAAUACCAAGUGUAACAAUGCAACGGGGCGCAUUUUACAUAUGAUCUAG